AAAAAUAAGUAAUGGAGAAAAGUAUAGAUACCUAAAAAGUUUACUUAAGUACAGUAACGAAGUAUUUGUACUUCAUUACUUGACACCUCUGAAUGUAGGAACUUAAAGAGAGCUGUAUAUGAAUAAUACGGUGAUCCCUUGAUGAAAUUAGGGCAGCAUAUCUCCCAAGAUCAUCAAUCUCAAACACUGAAGUGUGAGCUUUUCAUCACUUCUUGUCACUUGACUGAUUUCAUCAGGAUCUUUACAAUGGCGAGCAUGUCUGAGACAAUUGAGACAGAGGAGAGCCUCCUCACUGUUCUCCACAUUAAGAUUUACCACCCACAGCAGAGUUGUAAGGGUCUCUAUGAUUUGCUUCCCCUUGGGCUCAGGAGGAGACACUCUGCUGAUUACCCUCUCCGACUGGGCCGUGAUGCUCAGGCCUGCACCUAUUCACUGGCUGACCCCCGGGUGUCCCGCAAACAGCUGGGUCUACAUCCCUUCCGUACACCCCGGAGCCCGGAUUUGCUCUUCUCCAUCCAGAAUCUAAGCCAGAGAGGGCCACUAUCAGUAAACGGCUCACUACUGAGCUACCUGGAGACAAUGAACCUUCCAGACAAGGCUCUGAUCCGGUUUGGAGAGUAUGAGAUGCUCAUAAUUCGGGAAUCCGGAGAGGCCAAGGCUAGCUUUGAGGUGGACUUCGAGGUGCUGCCAGUGGCUCCGUCGAGAGAGACAUGUACUGAUAUGCCUGGAAAGGCACCUGUCAUGGACACAGGCUCGAUGAACCAGAACACAGCUGGGCUCAGAGAAGAAGGCCCUCAGGAGACAGAUGAGACAUUUAUAUGUUAUUCAUAAUGAAAGGACUGAAACUAACUAAACAUCAAGGCAAGGUAUCUUAUUUUAUUCUUUAUUUUCAA